GAGCAGAAGUGACUGGCACCUCACUGUCACUGAUGACAAAUACACAAAGCAAGAUUUUGGGCGAUUCAUCGGCGAUAAUUUGAGGCAGUCUGUUAAAGCGGUAUAGGGAGCCAAAUCGUGUGAGAUGAUUAUUGUUGCGGUGGCUCUGAUUUUGGGCGUCUUAUUUGGAGGCUUUAUUCUGAUACCGCGAGGCAGUAAAUCUGGUCAGACCAAAGUUGAUUCAAAUGCUAGCAAUAAUAAGGCAUCCAAAAUCUAUAGUAAAGGUGAAGUCUCUUUGCAUAAUAAGAGAAAUGAUUGUUGGAUCACUAUCAAGGACAAGGUAUAUGAUAUUACAUCAUAUGUGGAGGAACAUCCAGGCGGUGAUGCCAUCCUAACACAUGCUGGGGAUGAUUCAACUGAAGGGUUUUAUGGACCGCAGCAUGCUACGCGAGUCUUUGACAUGAUCGAUGAUUUUUACAUUGGGGAUCUAGAGAAGUAAUUUCACAGCCAUUGUUUUGUAAAAUUAACAAGAGAAAUUGUACGCCGAUAAUCUAGUUUUUUUUUUUUUUUUUACCUCUAGUUGGUGCGACAUUGCUUCUAUUUUAGUUGAUUGAAUCACUUUUGUUCUCUUUAUCUUUUUUCCUUCUCCUACCAGCACAUGCCCAUCUUAACCUGGAGGGUGAGUUGCAUACAUCCCCACAACCAGGCCAUGGGGCACCGGUGGGUCUGGAAACUACAUCAGUUAUUACAAUGAAUAGUUUAUGUCCA